ACAGCGGCCGAAGGCAUGACGCCGGUGGAUAUAAGCCUCCCCGCACCCUCAUCUUCCUCCGACAAAAAUCGGCGCUUCUUUUCCUUCGUAGCUUCCCUUGCCACCGUCGUCGGCGCCAGCUCCCGGAAUACUUCCAUGCCGUCUCCCUUCGACGAGGAAGCCAACACUCUCCUUCCUUCCAGGUCGCCGGAGCCCAACGAGGAGGAGGAGAAGGCCUACGAAUCCAGCGAAAAGAUCAUCGUUCCUGGCGCCGAAGAUGAGGAGAGAGAAGGCGAGGUACGGCGUUUCUCUUGGCGGAAGCUAUGGCUAUUCACAGGGCCGGGGUUUCUGAUGAGCAUAGCGUUUCUGGAUCCGGGGAAUCUGGAGGGGGAUCUCCAGGCCGGGGCGAUUGCUGGAUACUCGCUGCUUUGGUUGCUGAUGUGGGCGACGAUGAUGGGGCUUUUGAUCCAAAUGUUGUCGGCGCGGCUUGGGGUGGCGACUGGGCGGCAUCUGGCGGAGCAUUGUCGGGAGGAGUACCCAUGGUGGGCUAGGGUUUCGCUGUGGGUUAUGGCGGAGGUGGCGUUGAUUGGUGCGGAUAUACAGGAGGUUAUUGGGAGCGCUAUUGCGAUCAAGAUCCUUAGCCGCGGUGUGCUGCCACUUUGGGCUGGCGUGGUCAUCACCGCGCUUGAUUGCUUCAUCUUUCUUUUCCUUGAGAACUAUGGGGUUAGAAAGUUGGAAGCUUUCUUUGCACUUCUCAUAUCAACGAUGGCCAUUUCUUUUGCGUGGAUGUUUGGAGAAACCAAACCCAGUGGAAGGGAGCUUCUGAUUGGUGUUUUAAUUCCUAAAUUGAACUCUAAAACAAUUAGGCAGGCGGUGGGGGUUGUGGGUUGUGUAAUUAUGCCACAUAAUGUAUAUCUGCAUUCGGCCUUGGUGCAGUCAAGAAAGGUUGAUCCUAACAAGAAAAGUCGUGUUCAAGAAGCACUAAAUUAUUAUACCAUAGAGUCAACAGUUGCUCUCAUCAUCUCCUUCAUAAUAAAUUUGUUUGUGACAACUGUUUUUGCAAAAGGAUUUUAUGGGAGUAAAGAUGCUGACAGUAUUGGCCUUGAGAAUGCGGGGCAGUAUUUAGAACAGAAGUAUGGGGGAGGACUGUUGCCUAUUCUCUAUAUAUGGGGUAUAGGACUAUUAGCUGCAGGGCAAAGCAGUACAAUUACUGGCACUUAUGCUGGGCAGUUUAUUAUGGGAGGAUUUCUCAAUCUAAGAUUGAAGAAGUGGCUCAGGGCGUUGAUAACCAGAAGCUUUGCUAUUGUGCCAACAAUGAUUGUUGCUCUCUUUUUUGACACCUCUGAUGAUGCAUUAGAUAUUUUGAAUGAAUGGUUGAAUGUUCUUCAGUCAGUACAAAUUCCAUUUGCCCUCAUUCCUCUUCUUACUUUGGUAUCAAAGGAGCAAGUCAUGGGAGAUUUCAAGAUUGGCCAUCUAACUAAGGUAGUCACUUGGGUUGUAGCCGCUCUAUUGAUUAUAAUUAAUGGUUAUCUUCUUCUGAAUUUUUUCUCAUCUGAAGUUAACGGCCUACUAUUUGGUUCUAUAAUAUGUGUUAUCUUAGCUAUCUAUGUUGCUUUCGUUUCAUAUCUCAUCCUAAGAGGUUUUGAUCUUCUAGAUCAGUUUUUAUCAGUAGUCUGCAAGAGAUUCUCAUGAGAAUAACUAACAACAUUAGACAUAAAGGCUACAGUGAAGUGAAGUAAACUUCAAUCUGCUCCCUGCUACAUUGAUCUUUCUCACUGCCGUCUAUUUACAAUACAAAUCAACACUGUUGCAGUUUUAGAAUUUAGUGCUGAACUUAGUUUAGCCUUCGUUUGAUACAGCUUUCUUAAUGCUUUCUAAAACAACAACUUAGUUAAAAAAUUUCUUGAAUUAGAGAUUUUUGUGCUAGAAAGUUGUUUUAAAAAGCAAUGAGAAAGUUCUCCCAAACGAAUCCUUAGUAUCUUGAUUUUAAUUUCAUUUGCUAAAGUUAAGCAGAUAGGAUAGUUGCAUUUCAGUAGAGAAAAGGCAUUUCUUCCCAUUUAUUGUAUCACAAUUUUGUAAGAACAAUGUAGUUCUGAAAUAAGAAAGUCCUGUUGCAUGUAAAAUGCUGAACAAUGCAGCUGUUGACUGUUUAUUUGAUUGAAAUUUUCUUUUUUUGUUAGAUCA